AUGAAGCUUACAAGUGUUGUACCACAAGUUGAGAUCUAUAGCAUGAGAAAGGGUUCCUGGGACUUAAUUACUCAAACGUUUCCAUUGCACAUCACUCUAAUUAGGAAUCAACCCGAGGUUUGUGUAGAUGGGCAAGAUGGCCAUCUUCAUUGGCUUUGUUAUACUAAUUUUGAGUGGAAGCUACAAAUGGUAGUGGCAUUUGAUUUUGGCACAGAGACCUUCCGUGAGAUCCUUCUUCCAGAUUCUAUACGACAUCACCAUGAAUACCUCGUCUUGGGAGUUUUGGGUGGAAAGCUGUGUGUGAUGUCAAGGGUUGGAGAUGGUGAAUGUGAGGUGUGGGUGAUGGAUGAGUAUGGGGUGGCUGAUUCAUGGGUCAAACAUCAUGUGUUUUCCGAGUUCAGUGGUGUACGUGGGAUAUUCCCAUGUGGAACCACAUUACGCAGUGAAUUCCUUUUUCAAGUUGACCGUGAUCAUUUUGCUUUGUAUGAUCCAAUUGCAGCUGAGCCUAAAACCUUUGAAGUUAUGCAUGGUCUAUAUGGCAUAGCUAAAAUUGUGGGGUACAUAGCCCUCCUUCAGACCUUCACUGUCGGCGAUAUCUCCUCCACCUCCGUCACCAUCGUUGGUUACUGUACCCCGGCCUCCCUCCUUUACCAUCAUCGGCUGCGAUUACGGACUUCCCCUGCUUCACAGUUGUGGCCUCACCGGCGAUUAACUGCUCCUCAGCUCUUAAACCCAAAUAUACAACCUCGAAGUGGAAAUGUGGAAUCACAUAAAGUUUCUGCUGAAAAGGAAAAACAAAGACAGGAGAGGAACCUCACAGAAAUUGCUCAAUUGAGGUGUGUCUGUAAAUCUUGGAAUGCUCUGUUAUCUGAAUCCUCCUUCAUAAAAUCCCACCUCCAUCAUUCAAUCCAUCACAAGGACGAGAUUCUGUUGUUCUUCAGACAUGCAUUUUCUUUUGACCGGAGACCAUUCACAGCACACACCUCUCAUUCUCCCGAUCUCGAACUGACUAAUUUCAUCAAACUCCCGACCAGUCCCCAAUCUAAAGACACUAGGGGUGAUAUUAUUGGAUCUGUGAAUGGCUUAAUAUGCUUCAAAUACGGAUCAUAUGAUUAUGCAAUUCACAUUUGGAACCCUUCUCUGUCUAUGGUAUUAACUCUCCCUCCAUAUUCUUUGCCCAAGGGUGAGUGGAUGGUAAACCAUUUCCGGUUUGGGUAUGAUCCCAAAACUGAUGAUUACAAAGUGGUGAAGCUUACAAAACUUUCCGGUGCAAUCAGCAUGUUAUCACAAGUUGAGGUGUAUAGUAUGAGAAAGGGUUUGUGGCAGUUGAUAACUCAAAGGUUUCCAGCGAACAUCAAAUGGGUUUCCGAUGAAGAGGUAGUUUGUGUAGAUGGGCAUGAAGGCCAUGUUCAUUGGCUUGGUUAUACUGAUAUGGAGCAGAAGUUACAAACGAUAUUGGCAUUUGAUUUGGGUACAGAGACAUUCCGUGAGAUACCUCUUCCAGAUUCUAUACUACAUCUCCAUGAAGAGUGCCUCAAUGCGAUGGGAGUUUUCGAUGGAAAGCUUUGUGUGAUGUCAUGCAUUUUUGAAGCUGGUAAAUGUGAGGUGUGGGUGAUGGAAGAGUAUGGGGUGACUGAAUCAUGGGUCAAACAUCAUGGGUUUUCCCAGUUUAGUGCUGAUAUAGUUCCAUAUGGAUUCACAUUACGUGGUGAAUUUCUUUUUCAAGUUGAUGAAGAUGCUAAUGAUGAUUGUCUUGUUUUGUAUGAUCCAAUUGCAGCCAAGGCUAAAAACUUCAAGAAAAUGGGUAGAAUAACCAUAAGUAAAGUUGUGGAGUAUGUUGAUAGUCUUGUUUGGGUAGUACCUGAGGAGCGUGAGAUAAGCUCCUGCAGCAUCUCCCAGUUUUAA